AUGAUAACCCUUGCCAUCGUCUUUCUAACUCUCAACGCUCUCGGCGUCACCGCGGUCUCGCGCGAUUUUUCAGCCGUGGUUCACUCGCAGACUCCAGUGCGAGCGCUCGUCUCAGACGCGUACGACGGUGCAACUCCACGACCAUUACUGGUAUAUCUACACGGGUUCUGCGCUUCGGAUGACGCGCAACAAGCAUUGGAAUUGACCAGUAUGCGCCGUGUUCCUGCUGUUCGAAACCGUCUCGGCGUCGAUAGACGCCGUCAGCAAGUUCUCGUGCAAACAGGACUUCGCGAGGCGGCGCUCGCGGAGGACUGGAUAUACGUGGCACCGCAGGCGCCUAGAACGACGCGCGAGUGUGUCUUGUGCAACAUGCCGGAACGUUCACCGAACUCUCAGGACCGUCUGUUCGCCAGUUGGAUCACGGGCAUCAUGGCGCGAGAAACGCCAGAGUUCGCGUGCCGCGCCUGGGAUGGCUCUGACGCCGUCGCGUUCCCGGAAUCUGGGGCCACCGACGAUAACGACGUACACUACAUUGAAGAGAUUAUCGAGGCGACGAAGAAGCAAUUCAACGUCGAUUCAGAUCGCAUUUAUAUCGCUGGCAUUGCCACUGGAGGUUUCAUGGCGAAUCGUAUGGCGUGCGAACGUCCGGGCGCGUUCCGUGGCGUCGCUACCUUUUCUGCAGGAACUUUCAAGAACGCAUCGCGAUGUACGCCGGACGACAAGACGUCGGUGCUGUUGAUUCAUGGCACGGAUGAUCUCACGGUGCCGAUCGACGGUGGCGUGAACUCACGUGGUGUGGCGUUUCCGUCCUCUGAUGAGUCGUUUGAGAUCCUCGGUGACGCCAUGGGGUGCUCGAACGUCAUCUCUCAGGAACGAUCCACGCUGCCCGUGGAUGGAGGAAAUUCUCAGCCGGACGUUGACGUACGAAAGCGGAAAUUCCAAAAAUGCGCCGAAGACGUCAAGGUCGAGCAAUGGACUCUGAAAGGCGUCGACCACUUCCUUGAGCGCCCAACAAGCGAGGCGAUGUUCAAGGACGCGGUGGCGUGGCUCAAAGAUUUACAAUAA